AAAUGAAAAUCGAUGUCAGUUAAAAUCUAUUUUCGAUUGCAAAAAUGUUUUGUGAACACCAGGCCUGGACUAAUUGUGUGUUCUUUAUUAUGAAGUUUAACAACAAUAAUUGUGUUGUUUGUCUGAUGAAAAAUCAGCCAGUAUUAUAUUAGACAUAGAUAAGUGAAAUAAACGUCAUUUGCGUUAAUUCAACCUAAAACCAUUUUUAAAUUAUUAAAGUAUGCAUGUACAAAGAGACUUUAAACAAGUCCUUUACACCUCUUAAAAUCUGGAGAUUAUAAAAAUACAUACCAUCCCCGCUUUCUUUAAACUUUUUGUUUAGAUAGUAUACUUUGUGCGUGAUUUAUCUGGAAAUCAAUAUGUUAGGAGAUGUUUAGUUGCUUCUCAUCCGAGACAGAUAUGGCAGAAAGAUCGGGCAAGAAAUCUACAUCUUCGAUAGUACAAUGCGAGGAAAACAGCGCAGAUGCAGAUUCGUGUCAGGGUGCCACCGACGAGUGUGUCGAAGACGAAGGGAAGGGCUUUAACAUGAAUCCCGACCGAUUUGAGACUUUGAAAGAGAUAAAUGAUGUGCUGAAACGACUUAACAUUCAACCCUGUGGACUGAUUUUUGGCAUUGACUACACUUUGAGCAACAUGUUAUAUGGGUUGAAAACAUUCAACGGACUAAGCUUGCACGACACGUCUUAUCCAAACCAUAACCCUUAUCAGGAGGUGAUCGUUAUCAUGGGCGAGACAAUUGCGUCAUUAGAUGAUGAUGGUAUUAUUCCAGCGUACGGCUUUGGAGAUGCCAUAACGAAAGAUGAUAGCAUAUUUCCCCUCAAGAAAAAUGGGGAGUGCAAGGGGUUCAUGGAAGUUUUGAAGGUCUACAACGAAGUCACGCCUACCGUACAGCUGGGAGGUCCAACAAACUUUGCCCCUCUCAUUGACGAGGCAGUUAGAAUUGUGAAAGAAAAGAAGCAGUACCAUAUCUUGGUGAUCGUUACGGACGGUCAAGUUACCAACGAAGAGGACACGGUGAGGUCAAUCCUGGAGGCCUCUGAGUAUCCUCUUUCAAUCGUGGUCAUCGGGGUGGGCGACGGACCGUGGGAUGUCAUGAAAGACUUUGAUGAUAAAUUGCCGGAACGAUGGUUCGACAACUUCCAGUUUGUGGAUUUUCAUAAGGUGAAGUCCGAAGCCCCUCGCAAUUUUCAGACUGCCUUGGCGCUUGCAACUCUUAUGGAGAUCCCCGAUCAGUUUCGAUAUAUCAGGGACAAUGGGCUCUUAAAAAGGCUGGCUAUAACAUGAUGACUUCAUGGCAACUACAUGGUCUCGCCUUGACGUCGACAUAACUGUAUAGUGCUAUCCAAUGUGUAUAUUUAUAUGUUUGUAAACAAAUUCUAUCUUUGGAUUCAUUUAUAUGAAAAUAUUGUACAUGCUUUGCUAGCCUAUAACAUGUAUACUAAACUUUAUUUUUCUCAUACAAUCGUUUCGUUGUAAUGACAAUAAAACUAUCAAUAAUCACUAA